AUGACAACCUAUCCUACCGACGAUCAGGACUUCAAGAAUGCUUCGGCCGGACUCGUCAGCUGGAUGGACAAUUGUGUGGUCCAUUCCGAUAACGAUGCCUCCGUAGUUGUCUGGGAUAACCAAUCUUACGAAUCGUUCAUCAACGACGAUGCCACCUGUUCCCCUGAGGUCAAUCCAUCCCUGUUCAGACAGUCUCAGCUCUGCGUUAAGCAGGGACUUUUUGAGGUUGUUAAAGACAAGAUAUAUCAAGUCCGUGGCCUCGAUAUUUCCAAUAUGACCUUCGUCGAGACUGUCAAUUCAAAUGGUGUUGUGGUUAUUGACCCCUUGUGUUCGGUCGAGACUGCCAAACAAGCUAUUGGACUAUAUCAAGGAUACCGUAAAGAUAAGAAUAUUCUGGCUAUGAUUUAUACACACUCUCAUGCCGAUCAUUUCGGUGGCGGAAGUGCUGUUGUUGUUGCCUCAGGUGGCACUCAGGAAGACAUACAUGCUGGCACCCUAGGACACAUUUACGCACCCGCCGAUUUUCUGGACCAUGCUGUGAGUGAGAAUGUUUAUGCUGGGAACGCUAUGGGUCGCCGAGCUGUAUACAUGUACGGCGAAUCGCUAGAUAAAACUCCUCAGGGACAGGUUGGCACUGGCCUAGGCAUGGCUACAUCAACUGGUGUUAGUUCGUUGGUUCCUCCCACAGUAAGCAUUGCUACAACGAAUGAAGUCCAUACGGUCGAUGGCUUGGAGAUCGUUUUUCAGGUAACUCCUGGAACUGAAGCUCCUUCGGAAAUGAAUUUUCAUUUUCCGCAAUACAAUGCUCUUUGUAUGGCGGAAAAUGCAACUCAUACUCUACACAAUCUUCAGACAUUGAGAGGUGCAUUGGUCCGCGAUGCUCGAGUUUGGUCUCGAUAUUUGGAUGAGGCAAUCGUUCUUUUCGCAGACAAAAGUGAUGUUCUCUUUGCGAGUCACCACUGGCCAACUUUCAAAACCGAUGGAAACAACGAGAUCAUUGAUUUUCUCUCUGCGCAACGUGAUCUCUACGCAUAUCUCCACAAUGAAACCCUUCGACUCCUCAAUGAUGGCCAAACGGGCAUAGAAAUCGCAGAAGACUUUCAGAUGCCUCCCUCCCUGGAACAAAUCUGGAACACAAAAGGCUAUUACGGCUCCGUCAGUCACAAUGUCAAAGCAAUCUACCAUCGCUACAUGGGAUGGUUCGACGGCAAUCCCGCUCACUUAUGGGAGUACCCGCCAGUACCCAUCGCACAACGUUAUGUCACAUGCAUGGGUGGCAUUGACAACGUGAUCAAAAUGGCUAAAGACAAUUAUAUCAAUGUCGAUGAACCUGAUUGGCGUUUCGCCGGCACGCUCCUAUCUCACGCUGUUUUCAGUGAUCAAACAAACACCGAUGCUAAAACCGAACUCAGCAAGGUUUUCACCAAGUUGGGAUAUGGAGCGGAAAAUGCGACGUGGCGAAAUUUUUAUCUCUGUGGUGCAAAAGAACUCGUGGGGACAAUUCAGCCGGCUAUGAAUUCAAUGGAUGCGGCCUCCAUGAUGGCACUUUCCAUCGAACAAUUAUUGGAUACAAUGGCCAUUCGAGUCAACGGCCCAAGUGCCUUUGACACGAAAUCUUUCCAGAUGGAUAUCAUGCUCUCGGAUGUGCCAAUGACGGAUGGAAGUAGUGAUAAUUCGGGCUGGCAUGUCAAUUUCAGUAAUGCAGUGAUGACGGAUCAUGAGAUUGCAUAUGCGAAGACCGCGAAUACGGGUGUGGAUUUCACAUUCUGGGCUACACAUCAACAGCUUGUUGAUUUGGUGCUUCAUAGCAGGACGGACUUUAGUGGUAUGACUACGGAUGGAGAUGAGAGUAUUUGGGGGACGCUUUAUGGCCUGUUGGAGGCAUUGAACCCAGGGUUUGCUAUUGUUACUCCUGAACCUAACCCAACUUCAACUUCUUAG